UGCAGGGGCUGACUGGUGGUCAUUAGGUGUGACCAUCUAUGAAAUGGCUACAGCUAAACAACCAUUUAGCCCAUCAAUCAGUGUUGUGAAGGAGUUUAUCUCAAUCAAGACUCCUGAAUAUCCAAGUCACAUGAGCCAGGAACUGCAGGACCUCCUGUCAAAGCUUCUGGAGAAGGACAAGAAGCAACGCUUAGGAGUGAAUGGCAACAUCAGGGAGCACCCAUUCUUUGCUUCAAUCAAUUGGGAAAAUCUGGAAAAGAAAAAGGUGAAGACACCUUUUCAGCCAAAAUGCCAUUCGCAAGUGAGUUUAGUGUGAUUUCACCAGGAUUGUCCGCUGAUGCCUUCAAGAGAGAGAGGGUAGAAGAACUUUCCUAUGUGGACCCCACCUGGCAUUGGCAGGAGUAAUGCAUUCUCCUGUGCUCAUGUGACCCAACAUCAUGGUGGCCAGAUGAGCCAGUGACCAAGCCAACAUACCAUCUAUGGCAAACUGCAGCAGUUAACAUCAGAUCUGCCUGCAUUAUAAAUCUGCAACAGUCUACAGCAAGUGUCCAACCACCUACAGCAGCACCCCACUGUAUCCACCAGUUGCUUCCACAAACAACAGGAGGCAACUUGAGUCAAAGUGGCAGGUAAGUACCCCAUCUCUAUAAGGGCCUGCAUCUUCCUUGACCAUCUAUUUGAGCUGAAUUUCAUCUUCAUUUAUCUACUUGCUUUGAUAUAUUCAUUGUUAAAACCCUGAUUAUAGGGAGCGUGGUAGGUAUAAACUGAGUUUUUAUGUAUUUGGAUUUCAUUUAUUUGUCAAUAUGUAGGAAAUCGUGUUUCGUAAUUUGUAUAGAAUGAGUUAUAUAAGAAAAAAAAACAAAAACAAAAAAAAAUUAGAUUAGAUUAUACAGAGAACAUAUAUUGUGAUGUGUGUGUGUGUGUAUAGAUAUAGAUAUA